CGAUGGGUUUGGGGACCCUCGGAAGCGAGAGUAACAGGAAGAACUGGAACCAGGGAGGUCUGUCAGCUCCUAUGAUACUAUGAACUGGAGGACCCAAGAGAAGCAGCAAAGGGAAGCUGCUCAAGCAUCACUCGUACACUUUGGAACAAUAAUACUACCACUAUUGCUCUUGUUCUUUCAUUCUGCCUAAACUCCUAUUCUCUAUCAGUCCCCAACCCUUUUUUCGGGUUCUGCAGAGGACAGAGUGGGUGUAAGUUUCACUUAAGGAAGCACACUUUAAAAGAUCCAAGAUGCGAGGUCUCUGAUCCAUGACUGAGUGUUGGAGGUUUUCGCUACUAAAGAUGUUGACAAGAAAGAUUAAGCUUUGGGAUAUUAAUGCCCAUAUCACAUGUCAUCUCUGCAAUGGAUAUCUUAUUGAUGCUACCACAGUGACAGAGUGUUUGCAUACUUUCUGUAGAAGUUGCCUGGUUAAAUAUUUGGAGGAAAAUAACACUUGCCCCACGUGUAGAAUUGUUAUUCAUCAGAGUCAUCCUCUGCAAUAUAUCGGUCAUGAUAGGACAAUGCAAGAUAUUGUUUACAAACUGGUACCAGGCCUUCAAGAAGCUGAAAUAAGAAAACAGAGGGAAUUCUAUCACAAAUUGGGUAUGGAUGUACCAGGGGACAUCAAAGGGGAGACUGCUUCUUCAAAACAGUUCUUAGAUUCACAUCCAAAUGGUGAAAUUAAAACAGACGACAAUUUCCACAGAGGUACAUUAGAAGAGAAACAAGAAGAGGGUAAUGAUUACCACAGAAGCGAUGAACAGGUAAGCAUCUGCUUGGAAUGCAACAGCAGCAAAUUGCGUGGAUUGAAGCGAAAAUGGAUCCGCUGUUCAGCCCAAGCAACAGUUUUACAUCUAAAGAAGUUUAUUGCCAAAAAACUUAAGCUUUCAUCUUUUAAUGAGCUAGACAUAUUAUGCAAUGAAGAAAUUCUUGGCAAGGACCACACUCUCAAAUUUGUAGUUGUUACUAGAUGGAGAUUUAAGAAAGCACCACUCUUACUACAUUACAGGCCCAAAAUGGAUUUGCUGUAAAAGAACUUUGUAAUUCUUCUGGGUAGAAUUUUUUCCAGAGACUAUCAUUCAUACCUUCUUAGUGUAUCAUUUAACUCAUUUGUGUUACAAAAUGGAAGAAUAAUUAUGGCGAUCACUUCUUCCAGUAUUUCUCGUAGGUGGUAUGUGAACCAGAUUUCUCUGUGCAACAACUAUUUAUAUCCUUUGUAUUAAAAUAAAAUUUCAAAACUCAACAAGCUCUGAGUGCAGAUUAUAAAAGUGCUUCAAAAUUUUAUGCAGUUGAAUAGAAUUCUCUUAGAGGAAUUGUGCAAAAUUAGAUGAAAAGGACAUUACUUCCAUUACAGCAAAAUAGUUUCAAUUUUUUUUUUGCUUUGUUACUUCAUAUUGUUUGAAAAAUGUGAAAAAUUAUAGACCACUUCAGUAACUUAUGAAUUUGGUCUCAUGGUUUGCCUUAAAGUUUUUCACUUUUCAAUGUAUCCUUUUUGGGUCAUUAAAACUUUACUUUUGUGUUUACUGCAAAUAGAUACAGUGCUUUUAAAACCUGAAUAUUUAGUUUGGAACCCUGUCACUUAAAAAAUUAUAAUUUAGAAUGUAAAAAUAUGGGCUCAAUUAAUUUAAUGUAAUAAUUAGAUUGUGUCAGUUUCCGUAGUAUGUGUGAAUAUAAUAAAUCACAAUGUUUCCCUUA